AAGAGACCUGACAGCAAAAGAGAUUGAUCAUUGAAGAGCGUCGUCUCUCCCUCUUUCCACAACAAAUUCCCUUCAUUCUUACGUCUUCUUCAUAACCGUCAUUUUUUGUAAUUGUUAUCUUCAUAAACCCAUCAUCCCAACCCCCAAAACAUGAACCCUUCUUCCCGUGACAUGAUCCCGUGACCCAUUCCCUUUCCAACAUUUGUGGCUCUCCUUCACCUUCUUAUACGACAUCGUAGAUCCAUUUCAAAAUACAAAGCGUUCAUUUAAAGGCGAGUAAUUAUUGUUUGUUAAUCGAUAGAUAAUCCGUGUGUUUGUGGAAAUGACGGGGAACAAGAAGGCGUCAGGGGAAGCGGGAGAGGGAGAGGGGAAGCAAACGACGUCGUGUUCGAGAUCUCUUUCUUCUUCUUCGUCAUCUACCACGUCGUCCUCGUCUUCUUCGGAUGAGAGAGAGUACGAAGUGCAGGACCUGCGGGAUCGGUUGAAAUCGUCUCGAGGAAGCCGAUUCGAUUUGAUAGAGAGCGAGUUGGGACUCAACUCCAGAUGGACCAAGUUCAGUCGCCUUGCGCUUCUCCAUGGAAUCCGAGGCUUCUCCAGAGACUUCGUUAUUCAUCCCGACAACAGGUGGUAUCGGGCUUGGACUAAAUUCAUAUUGCUAUGGGCAGUGUAUUCAUCCUUCUUCACCCCAAUGGAGUUUGGAUUUUUUCGUGGCCUUCCUGAGAAUCUCUUUAUACUGGACAUCAUUGGACAAAUAGCUUUCCUUGUGGACAUUGUUUUGCAGUUCUUUGUUGCUUUUAGAGACAGUCAGACUUAUCGUAUGGUCCACAAGCGAACCCAUAUUGCUCUGCGGUACGUAAAAUCUGGCUUUAUCCUUGAUCUUCUUGGAUGUAUGCCGUGGGACAUCAUCUUCAAGGCUUGUGGUCGAAGAGAGGAAGUAAGGUACCUUUUGUGGAUCAGAUUAUAUCGGGUGCGGAAAGUCACAGAUUUUUUCCACAAGUUGGAGAAGGACAUUCGUGUGAAUUACAUUAUUACUCGGAUUGUGAAACUGAUAGUGGUUGAACUCUACUGCACCCACACAGCAGCCUGCAUUUUUUACUAUUUGGCUACUACACUACCUGAAUCCCAAGAGGGGUACACGUGGAUAGGAAGUUUACAACUGGGUGACUACAGUUAUUCACAUUUCAGGGAAAUUGAUCUUUGGAAGCGCUACACGACAUCUUUGUAUUUCGCUAUUGUUACAAUGGCUACAGUUGGCUAUGGAGAUAUACAUGCAGUAAAUAUGAGGGAAAUGAUAUUCAUAAUGAUAUAUGUGUCGUUUGACAUGGUUCUUGGUGCUUAUUUGAUUGGUAACAUGACAGCUUUGAUAGUUAAGGGAUCUAAGACUGAAAAGUAUAGGGACAAGAUGACAGAUCUUAUGAAAUAUAUGAACAGAAAUAGACUUGGAAGGGAUAUCCGUGACCAAAUAAAAGGCCAUGUACGCUUACAGUAUGAGAGUAGCUACACUGAGGCUGCUGUCAUUCAGGAUAUCCCUAUUUCUAUUCGAGCUAAGAUAUCCCAAACAUUAUAUUUGCCAUGCAUUGAAAAGGUUUCUCUUUUUAAAGGGUGUUCUUCAGAAUUCGUUAAUCAGAUCGUUAUUAGGCUGCAUGAGGAGUUCUUUCUUCCAGGGGAAGUUAUAAUGGAACAAGGAAAUGUUGUAGAUCAACUCUAUUUUGUCUGUCAUGGUGUGCUGGAGGAAGUAGGCAUAGCUGAGGAUGGGUCUGAAGAAACUGUUUCACUUCUGGAGCCUAACAGUUCAUUUGGAGAAAUAUCUAUUCUUUGCAACAUUCCUCAGCCAUAUACUGUCCGUGUUUGUGAACUGUGUAGGCUCCUGCGACUUGAUAAACAAUCAUUUACAAAUAUCCUAGAUAUAUACUUCUAUGAUGGAAGGAAAGUAUUAAACAACCUUCUAGAGGCAAAAGAGUCUUUUCGAGGUAAGCAAUUGGAGUCAGACAUCACAUUUCAUAUUGGAAAGCAAGAAGCUGAGCUUGCUUUGAAGGUCAAUAGUGCAGCUGUUAAUGGGGAUCUGUAUCAACUAAAAGGUUUGAUUCGAGCUGGAGCUGAUCCCAACAAGACAGAUUAUGAUGGAAGGUCACCUUUGCAUCUUGCAGCAUCUAGAGGAUAUGAAGACAUCACACUUUUCCUUAUUCAAGAAAAAGUAGACGUCAAUAUUAGAGAUAACUUCGGGAACACACCCUUACUUGAAGCAAUUAAGAAUGGACAUGAUCGGGUUGCUUCUUUACUUGUUAGAGAAGGGGCCUCUAUGAAGAUAGAAAAUGCUGGUAGUUUUUUGUGUAUAGCAGUUGCGAGGGGAGAUUCAGAUUUUCUUAAAAGACUUUUAUGUAAUGGCUUGGAUCCCAACUUGAAAGAUUACGACUACCGAAGCCCUCUUCAUGUUGCUGCAGCUGAAGGUUUAUACUUCAUGGCAAAGUUGCUAUUAGAAGCCGGAGCUAGUGUGUUUACCAAAGACAGAUGGGGAAAUACCCCGGUCGAUGAAGCCCGGAUGUGUGGAAAUAAGAAUUUGAUCAAGCUACUGGAAGAUGCAAAAUCUGCUCAACUGUCAGAAUUCCCAUAUCCCUCCCAGGAAUUUACAGAUAAAAUGCACCCAAAGAAGUGCACAAUGUUCUCUUUCCACCCGUGGGAUCCAAAAGAUAAUAGAAGACACGGAAUUGUAUUAUGGGUUCCACACACCAUUGAAGAGCUAAUCAAAACAGCAGCAGAACACACAGAUUUUUCUGGCAAUUCUUGUAUUUUAUCCGAAGAUGCUGGAAAAAUUACUGAUGUGGGUAUGAUUAAGGAUGGUCAGAAGCUGUAUUUAGUGCAUGAAACGAAUUAGGCCUCCAUAUCAUGGCUCUUAAAAAUCAAUAUAAUAAUGUGCCUUCUUGCGAUG